AUGCAUGGAUCAUUACGCGACGAUUGUGGAUGGUCGCGCGUAAAACUGCCCGAGUGGAACAGGUGGCCACCGUGCCGUCCGCUGCGUAACGAAGUGACUUUUACUCCGGAGAAUGUGCGUUCAUUGGAACACGUUCUAACCAAGAAAAGCAAGUGUUAUUUGUCCAGCACGGCGCGCAAUCGUGGGCAGAUGCUGGCGUCUUCAGGUAAGGGGGACUCCAAAGAAUGCCAUUUGUUCUGUGUUUGUGCUGAGGUGAAAGAGGAAAAGCUCACGUUGAUCAUGGAUAUUCUGAAGCCUAUGUCUUUAUCAAAGUUGUGCUGA